AUGCCCACUGCAAAUUCAAAGAGCUCUAAUGUAGAUUCCUUCUCCUCAUCAGUUAGUUCUUCCAUAGCAUCCACGGUAUCAAUACACUUUUCAGUGGAGAAAUCAUCUUCGUGCCUUUUCUUAUCAUUUAGAGCUUCCAAAAUUGGAUGGAUUUCCUUAACCCUUUUAGCACCAGGAAGAGAGGACGUGUGGACAAGCCUUAUCUCUUCUUGUAGGCAUGAAAGUAAAGCAGGAACAAGUACAAGGAAUAACUCAUCGUCGUCUUCCUCCUCCUCUAACAUGAAUCGCCUAACUUGCUCCUCCCAAGAACCCAUUAUCUAG